AUGAGCCAAGAACAAACUUUCAUUGCUAUUAAGCCCGACGCUGUUCAACGUGGACUUAUUGGUCCUAUUAUAACCAGAUUUGAGCGUCGAGGAUACAAGCUUCGCGCUAUCAAGUUGCUAGUCCCCGAUCGCACUCUCCUUGAAAAACAUUAUGAUGAACACAAAGGAAAGCCUUUCUUUGAAAAGCUCGUCGGAUUUAUGGGUUCCGGCCCUGUUUGCGCCAUGGUCUGGGAAGGAAAGGAUGUAGUCAAGACUGGCCGUGUUAUGCUUGGUGCUACAAAUCCUUUGGCCUCUGCUCCUGGCACCAUUCGUGGUGACUACGGUAUUGAUCUGGGAAGAAACGUUUGUCAUGGCUCAGAUUCGGUUGAUAGUGCCAAGUAUGAAAUCAACUUAUGGUUCCAAAGUGCCGAAAUUCAACAAUACGACCGCGCUAUUGAAGGUUGGGUUUACGAAUAA